AAAGGAACUGAAUUAUGAUUUAAGAAGAAUGUAAACAGUAAUUUGAAAACAAAGGGCAAUGCAAUUUGUUGCGUAGUCACACAACAUUCCUCUUGCAUUUGAAAUGCACCAGCGGCAGUUCCACCCCUUUUGAAAGUACAGCCUGACAUCUCAGCUGUUCAGUCUGAGCAGCUGCUGGAGCUACAAAGCCUUUUUUCCUCCUCUGCCAGGAUGGGUGUGAUGAUACAGGUUCCCAACCUGUCCAGGAUCCUGUGUUUUUCUUUUCAUCUUAUCCUCAUUCUGCUUCAACAGACUACUGCAGAACGACAACUGAAGUUUGUGGUUGUAGUUUUCCGACAUGGUGACCGAACACCAAUUGUAAACUUUCCAACUGAUCUACACAAAGAAAGCGAAUGGCCCCAGGGAUUUGGACAACUCACCAAGACUGGAAUGCAGCAGCUGUUUGAACUCGGACAGUACAUGCGGAAACGAUAUUCCACCUUCUUGAACAGCACAUACAACCGGCAAGAGUUUUACAUCCAAAGUACAGAUUAUGAUCGCACCAUUAUGAGUGCCCAGUCGUACCUUUCUGGCCUCUUUCCACCAACUAGCAGCCAAAUUUGGAACCCUGAGCUUCUCUGGCAACCCAUUCCAGUUCAUAUUUUUCAAAAAUCAACAGAGCGGAGGCUGAACUUUCCUCUGCCUGACUGUCCCCUUUUUGAUAAACUUCAGAAUGAAACACAAACAUCCAGUGAAUUUCAAAAUAGAAUACAACCAUACAUGGAUUUUAUACAAACAAUGGCUGUUAACACAGGACUUGAACUAAACAAUCUUAAAAUACUGGAUAAUUUCCAGCUCUGGAAUACAUAUGAUACUCUACAUUGUGAGGGUAUUCACAAUUACACUCUCCCUGUAUGGGCCACCAAAGAUGUAAUUGACAAGAUGGAAAAACUGGCAGAAUUGUCCUUAUUAUCACUAUUUGGGCUUUAUAAAACAGAAGAGAAAUCACGACUACAAGGAGGUGUCCUUGUGAAUAUUAUUUUAAAUAGUAUUAAACAAGCUGUCAAUUCUUCAAAACCAAGAAAAAUGGAGGUCUACUCUGCACAUGACACCACAGUUGGGGCUCUCCAGAUUGCUCUCAAUAUUUUCAAUGGAAAACUGCCACCAUAUGCUGCUUGCCAGUUUUUUGAACUCUACCAAGAAAGCAACGGGCGAUAUAGCAUCGAAAUGCAUUAUAGGAAUGACACUUCAAAGGAUCCUUACCUGCUCACUUUGCCAGGAUGCACCUCUUCUUGUCCACUUGAGAAGUUUGCUGAACUAGUUUCUCCUGUGAUAACAGAAAAUUGGUCAAAAGAAUGUGGGAAGAAAGACAAUGUGAAAGAUAUUUUUAUCGGAUUUGAUGUUGCUGUUGGCUUGUUGUCCAUUUUUAACCUUGUACUGCUCUACCUCCUUUAUCAUUAUGGACGCUGCAGGCGCAGAAGCAGUUAUCAAGACAUUUAAAGGGGAGGUAAAGAAACAAAAGAGAGAGCAGCUAGACACUGAACAAUACUUGAAGUUGCUGAUAUCCAUCAGUUUGCUCUGGUCCAAUUAAUCUCCAAAGCAUAUUCAAUAAAUUUGAAGAGCUGAGGUAUCUGUGGCCUAGCUCCUAAAAUUCUAAACAACUUCAGUGAGAAAUACUGUAGUAAUAUGUAAUUGUUAAGAAUUACUGGAUGGAUGGAAUCACUUUAAUUUAUAUCUUUAGGUUUUCUACUACUAUUAAUCAAUCUUAUAUCAAUGGGUAGGGUGAAGGGAUGCUAUUGCCUAUACUUUUUUUUUUAAUAUUGUCUAUCACCACUUAGCCCUUCGCUGCUUAACAAGUCUUUCUUCAAAAUCGCAGUCUGUAAUAUUUUCUUUACUUCUUAUAAACGAAUAUUUUGUUGAUACAAAGGAAAAUGUUUUUAGUGAGCAGAAGCUGCAAUCACUGUAUGAAAAAGAUUCACACCAUCACAUGGACAUACUAUUUCUGCGUUUAUUCACGCAAAUCUAUUAAUGAGAUUUGACCUUGGCCUUCAGCUAAUAAAAGUCUUCAGCCUGCUUUUUAAAGGAGUUACACUACUAUAGCUCUCACUGAAAUUAGCAGAAACUGGAAUAAUCUCUGUCACACAUCCAGGCAUCAAGCAAAAAGCUUAGUGCAACAGCAUCUUGGUCAGCGUCCACAACUUCAGUAAUACAGAUAAGUAAAUACACUUAUUUAGCUGCCACUACACUGAUUUCCUAUUUUUCUGAGCUCUAAGUCAUUAAUGAUCCUUUGCCCUGCAACUUUUCUACAAUGUCUCUGUUCUCUGUCCUGCUUCAGGUCCUGUCCAUAAUUUUAUUCUUUUGAGCCACUCUUACAAUAACUCCUCAAGCUAUCACACUUGUCAUCAUCUUUAAUUUUAAUCUACAAUAAUUUGUUUAACUCCCUGCUCUUUUUAAAAUCCUGUAUGUUAGCAAGACAUGCACUGAAGUAAGAAAACAAUGAUUCUGCUUUUUGUAUUCUGUGCAAUAUAUUUUGUUUAGAUUAUAAGCUCCUAAUGGCAGGGAAUGUUUCUAUAACUUCUCUCUAGUAUCAUAAACUAGUAUAAUAAGCACUAAUAUUGCUGUAUAAAAUCCUGCUUAUCAUCAUAUGUUUCAAGGGUUGAAUCAAGACUUUUAUAUCCUGUAGUCCUGAAGAUGAUACUGUGAAUUCCAUUACCACAGAGAAGUCUUUUUAAAAGUCAAGGCAACUAUACAAACAGGUGCCAACAGCAGGUUCAGCCCAACAGAUACGAGUUCAAGCUAAUGUGCCCAAGCUUAUGUGUCCUGUUGAGAUGCACAGGUCUAGAGAAAGCUGAGAGAUGGAGCUGUUUGGCUCAGGCAAAGCAUCACAGCAAUGUGAAUACAUUGCAUCUGGACUGACAUUCACUCACACUCCGUGGGUUGUAACUUGGAGCCCUGAAGCCUGGGUUAGCUACUGCUGAUCUAGAGAUCAGCCCUCAAUAUUACAGCUGUAGACAUGUCUAAAAUGUGAAGUAGUUAUAUGUAGUGAUAUUAAAUAGCAUAAAUCAGACAGAAUAACAAAGGCUUGUGGGAACGUAGCACUUCCCAAACACUGCACUUUCCUGUGGUAACUUUGGCUACUGAAACACUAUUUCCCACUCAGUAAAAAGCUUUUAGUAGUAUCCAUGACAUUUCUAUUUUAUUUAUUUUAGGAAAUACCAUAAUCAACUGAUGGAUUUGAUUCUUACAUGGUCAGGAUGUAUAACAAUCUGGUGCAAAGCUGUGAAAAAGAUGAAAGGCUGUCCCUAAAUCAGAUGGUUUAGAUGUACAAGCUUCAGCUUAUAACUAGUAGUUCUGAUUCUCAUGCAAAAACUUAAAGGACUGUCCAUAUUGCAGUCAAAAGUAUUACAGGUGCUCUAGGAAACAUGCCCAAGCUAGCUUCAUUACUAUUAGCACUGUACUCACAGUGGGGAAAAGUUUGGAACAAACUGCAAAACCCAUCCUGGCUCCUGAAUAUAUGUGUGUGUGUGUGCGUGUGUGGGGGUGUGUGUGUGGGGGGGUGUGUGUGGGUACCUGGUGCUGAGCUCUGUAUUACCAUGGCCACAAUGCUGCUGGUACCCAGUUGAGGAUAGAUGAUAUCUUUUAUUAGAGGCAGUCAGAUGCUUGAAGAGUGAAGAUGUACCAUUGACUGAUAACAGGCAGUAAGAACUGGUUUUGAGAUAUCAGAAACUCAGUCAAUUGCACUCCACAAGAAUCAGAAUGAGGAUGUUUUUUCCAAGAUUACUUCUUACAAAAAGAAGUACAUUCAGACAGAAAGUAAAAUGUGAAGUGUCUGAAACACCUUUUGUGGUUUAUAUUACUCAAGCCUGAGCUGUAACACAAGAGUUUCAGAAGAUGAGGCAAUUCUAGCUGCUCAGGAGCUGUCAUGAAGGAAUUUUGUUGUAGGGACACAACAAAUUUUGUUAACAGAUAGUCGUACUUGAAAAUGUCCAUGCACUUUUAGAAAGGAUUCAGUGAACACAAGUUACACCAAAUGUAAUGGACAGGUUUAGAUGAUGGAACUUCAGAAUAAAUGAAGGUACAUUAAAGAAGUAAUACAUUAGUAAAGUAGGCCCUAAAUCUCACUUGUAGUAAAGGCAUUUUGUCUUGCUGUGAUUAAAUAAAGUAAAAUUUCUCCAGUGGAGUAAAAGGUUGUAUAUGCCAAACAAGCUUCUUGCUUUUCUAAUUUUUCAGCCAUAUUUACAAUUUGCUUAGUAUAAUCUGCAGACUGGUUGGGAUUAGAAAAUAUCUUGUGUCCAAGCAACUUGUAGCACUGCAAUAAAGUACAUUAAAGAAAUGAUUCAACA